CUGAGAGUGUCACAGGUUGAACGAGUGACGGAAGUUUACCUUGAAUUAAGAAAGAAGAUGAAAAAGCUUUUGUCGAAGAAGAAACUUUUAAAAAGUGCUAGUACAGAAAAUGUUCUCGAGAAACACGCAAACAAACCGACAAUCGCUUGGAAUCUUCUUGAAUCGUCACAAGUUGUGAAAGAAGUUAAGCGGAUGGAUUGUAAUCAUCCAAAGCCGGCUGGUCAUACCAGAUUCGUUUGCAUUUCUGACACACACAAUAGAACAGACAGGCUGGAAUACCCUAUUCCUGAUGGUGAUGUUUUAAUACACGCAGGAGACUUCACAAGUUGUGGAACACGCGAUCAAGUCAUCCACUUCAACAAAUUUUUAAGUACUUUGAGCCAUCCUUACAAAGUUGUUAUCGCUGGCAACCACGAAGUUGGUUUUGAUCUUUCAAGUUACGACUCUUUGUGGUCUUACUUUUCAAGUAAAAAAGAUGAACCAGAAGAAAUUCGACGGCAGCUCACAAACUGUAUAUAUUUAGAAGACGAGGAAGUUGAUGUUCUUGGAUUUCGAAUUUUUGGUUCUCCAUGGUGAGAGAUCUUUCACCAAGACAUUCCAUAUUUUUAUCCGCUUCCCCUUCCUCUCCCCAUGGGAGGCGUGAGGCAUGAUUGUAACCAUCUUUUUUCUUAUAAUGUAAGCUAUGGAGAAAAUGGAUUGUCUGAUUAUCGUUAGCGAUGCUUUAUAAACUUGAAAUACAUAAUAAUUUUUUGGAGUACAGGAUAUCCCUUGUGACGAUGGUGAAAUUCGUUUAAUGCAAAACUCGAUCUACUCGAGACUUGUUACAGCAACAAAACUACGGACUUUGAUAAAGUAUCUUGCUGUUUAGGACUGGUUUUGGUUGCAGAGGUAAUUCUCUGCCCCCAGUUUAGCCGUUUUUCCAAAAAUAAAAUUUUAAUCUGCAGCUUAUUUCAAACCAUUAAUCAUUACUAAUGCCUGUCCCCUUUUACAUAAGUCUCUCUCUCUCUUUUUUUUUUUUUACUCAACUCUCUUUAAUUUUUUUUUUCUCAUUAGUCUGAUAAGACCUCUUUUUCAGGACACCAGAGUUUUGUGAUUGGGCCUUUAUGAAAGCACGUGGUGAAUCAAUACAAGAAAUGUGGAACAAAAUUCCUGAUGGCAUUGAUAUCCUUGUCACCCAUGGUCCACCUCUUGGUAAUUUAACAAUGAAUUAUAAAUACUUUGUCAUUAUGUUGUUAAAUUUAACAGAAUGUACAACAUACAGCAAGAGAAAGUAAAACUCAAACAGGCGAUGCUGAGUGCAAGAAUUAAGGGCCAAAUUCCAUUUCUAGUGAAAAUGUGAACGAUGUUAUGUAUUUCACCCAGCGAUGUUCAUUUUUUUAUAGUUAUACAUUAACUGAAUAAGGUGGCAAAUUAAAGUCAUCCUUAUCAUUAUAACUAGAAAUAUGUUACCAGAAAAACCUCGCAAGCUAAAAAAUUGUCAGUAGUGAGAAUAAAGGGAAACAAGCAAAAGGGAAAAAUUAAUGUGAUGAAAAAAGAAAACAAAAAAAAAACACUAAAACUAAACAGGAAAAAAUGUGAAAAAAAAAAGAAAACAAAAAUAUCCACAUGGAGAUUCAAACCUACACUAUGACUACCUCCUGUGUGAGAGUACAGCUCCCUCAUGACCAAUAUGCUACGCAGGCACUGAAUAGUUACAUGUAACAUGGUCAAACUAUUACAGUUCAAGCACUUCUCUCUGCCAUACACACUGCCUGGCCUGUUUGAAGCUUGUGGAGCUGAAUUCGAAGAUACAUUUGAGGAAAAUUAGCUUAAAUGAGUAUUCAAAGCCAUUUUGCAUUAUUUUGGUGACAAUUCACUCUUGGUCUUAACGGCCAAUCAAUGUACGGAGCUGAGCUGACACCGGCUAGUCUUUGAUUCAGCAUAGUUCAUUUGAUCCAUCGGUCACAUUGAUCGGCGGGGAAAGAACCAAUUCAUUGUGGGUGUGCCUUGGUGUCAGAACAAACACAUCGCACAACCUAUCAAGCUUUAAGCUUAAAAUCGCCUGCAAAGUGGGAUGCAUGCACUGACAAAUGUUCUUUCACCUUGAUUUUCACUCAUUUCUUUGAAGCUACUGGUCCAAAUUGCUUUAAUGUUCCCUGUAAAAUGCUUUGUGUGUUGAAAUUAAUUGACAAAAGCUUGAUCACCAAAACAGCUGCAAAAACAGUCAAAACAACGCUGACCAAUGCUCCUUGACGUCACACUGGACAUCAAUAUAUGAUGCAAGAGCAGACCUUCAGAUAAGGGGAUGGCCCCGGUCAUCCAGACCCUGAGCAAAGGUGGGGGGCCCAGUCUAAGCAUUUUUUUUUCGGCCCUUUGGGCCUCAGUUUGGUCUAAAAAUAAGAAAGGGGGAGGGCGUGCCCCCUGGGCCCCUCCCCUGGAUCCGCCACUGACUGCAGAUACUCAACCAAUAGAAAGGAAGAUUUAAUUAUUAACUAAAGCAAGAUCAUUCUUCACUUGGCCAUUUCAUGGGAGCCACACACGAUGCAAAUUCCGAAAGAUUUAUUAACCUUCCUUUCACCAGAAAUUAUUUUUUAGUUCAGUCUCAAGUAGGAUUUAAACUGAUAGAUUAAAAAACUUUUGCAGGCCAUGGAGAUCGCACAAUUUCAAACGUAAGAGCAGGAUGCCUUAAUCUUUUGCACACCGUCCAGUCACGUGUCAAACCCAAGUAUCAUAUUUUUGGGCACAUCCAUGAAGGUAGAUGUACAAUUUUGUUGAUGUUAUUAUUGUUAUUGUUAUUAUUAUUUAACUUAAUAGUUACCUAACCAAUUGCAACCAACACUCAAGGUAAGAUCUAUUUCAGUUUAGACUUUCAACAAAAACAUGCAUGAAGCAGAACUUUCACUGACUGUACAAUGCGCUAAUAACAAUCAGCUGAAAUGCUGAAACUUACUAACAAUAACAAAAGACAGCAGAAAAGUUACUUGAAAAAUACCCUUUAAAACAACAUUGCCUUUGAGAAUCACCAGACAAAGAUGAUGGUCCAAGACCUUCCACCCUUAUUACACCACAGAGACAAUCAAAGGCCAGUAAAACGUCAGUAAUAUACACUAUACCUUUUACUAACAUAUCUGCUUAACUUGUGGUACUUUUUUUUUUCAGCUUUGAAUUUUAUUUUGCUUUAUUUUUAAAGUCAAUGACAUGCAUAAUAAUUUUUUAAAAAUACAGCCAAUAAAAUUUAAACCAAGGAUUAAAUCUAGCCUCAAGAUUACAUUCAAUCCCUUUUUACAGGAUAUGGAAUAACUACAGAUGGAGUUACAACAUUUGUAAAUGCCUCAACAGUUACAGUGCAAUACAGACCCUCCCAUCCACCAAUUGUUUUUGAUAUUCCAAACAAGUCAACUCUUGAACAAGAAGAAAAGUAA